AUGACUGACACGAGUCAAAUUAUAAUCCGAUCUGAUCCAAAUCAAGAUCAACGCACUCAUAAUGCACCUACUACUUCCCAAGUUGCAGCAAUUUGGUUGGAGGAUGCAGGUUCAUCUGCUCCACUUGAGCGCGAUAUUGUGGUUCGUGCACAUUCAGGUGUAAACCAUCACAUAUGGCAUUACUAUGGAUGUUAUGAUCCAUUACAGUAUCCGCUUUUAUUUCCUUACGGACAAACUGGUUGGCAUCAACGGAUAUACAGAUACAAAACAAAGUAUAAAAAACGACAAGAAUGUCCUACGUUUCCAAUCAAUGAGGUUCUGGUUCAGACUGUUGGCGAGCUGCUUGAAGAUGAAGAACAAGGUGCACUAUUUACCAGUUUACGUAAAAAGGUUUCUUGCAGAGAGUAUAACUGCUAUCGAUUACAGAUUCGCAUAAAAGAUUCCUCCUUUCUUUUGCGAUGUGGUCGUUUACUACAGCAGUUCAUUGUUGAUAUAACUCAAAGAAGACGACUUGGAAAUAGGAAUGAAAGAAUUGAGGAAGAAAUUCAGAUGCCUAUACGUCUAGAAGAAAUAAAUGUAGUUGAGUUGCUUAAUGAUGAACAAAAACUUACGUACAACACUAUCUACAAUAAAGUGUUAACUAAUAAACCAGCUGCUUUCUUCGUAGAUGGGCCUGGUGGCACUGGAAAGACUUUCUUAUAUUCUACAUUACUUGCUAAUGUAAGAGCAAAGGGUAUGAUUGCUUUAGUAGUUGCGAGUUCUGGAAUUGCUGCAUUGGGCUUGUCUGGAGGUAGAACUGCAAAUUCUCGGUUCAAAAUCCCUCUUGAUGUUGACGAGAUUCCAAGCUUCAGUAUUUCUAAACAAAGUUCUCUAGGACAACUCAUUCGUCUUGCAAGACUUAUUGUAUGGGAUGAAGUGCCAAUGGCAAAGCGUCAAACGAUUGAAUACUUUGACAGAUUGCUACAAGAUGUUUGUUCGAAUCAACAAAAAUUUGGGGGAAAUGUUGUUGUAUUUGGUGGUGAUGAUUUCCGACAAGUAUUACCUGUCGCACCGAAAGGAAGUCUGCGUGAAGUUGUUGCAACGAGUUUUGUGAUGUCUCCUUUAUGGCAUGGGCUCCAGAAAAUCCACUUAACACAAAACAUGGGAGCAAUCAACGACCUACCUUUUUGUAAAUUUGUGUUGCAAAUCGAAAAUGGCACGCCUCCUUAUGAAGUUGGGAAAAAUAUAGAGCUACCCAAGCCGUUAGUUAUUCCAUACUACAAUGAACACUCAUCUCUACAUCUCUUGGUAAAUAGUAUCUACCCUGAUAUAGCGAAUACGACUUCUGAAUCAUUCUUUGCAACAAAGAGAGCUAUUUUAAUCCCCAAAAAUGAACAUGCUGCAACAAUAAACUCUCUAUUAGUUCAACAACAGCCAGGAAAAGCUUACGAGUACAGAAGUUUUGACGGAUGCACAGACGACUCGAGCGAACAAUACCCAACUGAAUUUCUCAAUAGCCUUUUUCCGUCUGGUCUUUCGCCUUAUCAUUUAACUUUGAAGGUAGGCAGUCCAAUAAUUUUACUUCGAAAUAUAGACCCGACACCAGGCUUAUGCAACGGAACAAGAUUAGUAUGCAAAGAAUUUUUCCCUAAUGUUAUUGAUGCUGAAAUUAUUGUUGGACAUCGUUGUGGCGAACGAGUUUUUAUACCUCGAAUCCCGUUGCAGCCUUCAGCUAUGGAUAAGUACCCAUUCAGAUUUACCCGCAAGCAAUUUCCAAUCAAUCUGAGCUUUGCAAUGACCAUCAACAAGUCUCAAGGUCAAACACUUGAUAGAGUUGGCAUAUAUUUACCACAACCAGUUUUCUCUCAUGGUCAGCUGUACGUUGCACUGUCUCGUGCUAAGAAAAGUAAACAUGUUCAGAUAUUGAUAAAGCCCACUACAGAUGAAUUAGAUGGAUGGAAAAGAACUAAAAAUGUUGUUCAAAUUAUAGUGCAGAACAACAUAAUGGCUACUCAACAACUUACCCUCGCCAGACUGACAUACCAGAGUAGAAACUUUACUGUGACCGCUAAACUAAUAAAGAAGCACCCACCUAAAAAAUCCCGCAGCGGAACAACAAAUUUACAGCAGCUGAUUUUUGAAGACUCAGAGAAUACACAAAUGAAGGUUGUGAUCUUUGAACGAGAUAUUGAAUUAUAUCGUAAUCUUCUUCUUGAGGGAAAAGAAUACAACAUUACCAACUCUAUCAUAACUCGUACACCUGAAACGUUUACUGGAUAA